AUGCUGUCUAGCCAGGUGGCCUUGGAGAUGCUGAACCAGAUGAAGAGCAACAAGAUCCUCUACACCAUCAGAGGGACCUUCAAGGUCCGGGAAAGGUUAUGGUCUUGGCACUACACCUACCGGAUGACUGCCAUUUGUGACCUGGAGCUCACCGCGCCUCCCUCUGGAUUUCUCGUAGAUAGGAGAUGCACAACAUCAACGUGA